AUGGCGACUACCAUGGAGAAAGUAUGGGAGAUUGCGAAGAAUGAGGCCAAGCUCUGCUAUGGCUUCAUUCGUCGCGAUGUGUCCAUGGGAAUGCUUCCUAUUCCCGUCUUCACGACCGCUUCUUUGCUCUAUCGCCAUGCGCCUACGGAGGAGAUUAUUAUUGCGAUUGCCAAAACCCUCGUUCUAGGACUCUUGUACCUCUACUCGUUUGUUGUGGGGAACCAAAUAUGUGGCGUUCAGGAAGAUGAGAUCAACAAGCCCGAUCGUCCCAUUGCGGCCGGCGCAACCAGUCUUAAGGCAGCGCGUAUUCGCUGGGCCGUCUUGACAGUUCUCUACUUCUCCUACGGCUGCUAUCUUCGGGUCGGAAUCUGGUCUGCCAUGUGGAUUGCCAUUUCGUUCGCACACAACUUUUUGUCCUUUGGCGAUUUCGGUCCUACCAAGGACUUGUGCAUCGGUCUUGGAUGCGUUGCUCAGCUGACGGCUGCUUGGCUGAUUGGUGGUGCGCCUUACGAAGUGGGAUGGAACUGGAUCAAGAUCAUCGCUCUCUACACACUAUUUCCGAUUCCUUUACAGGAUCUUCGAGAUGUCCCUGGUGAUUUGGCUGUGGGUAGACGCACCACCCCAAUCCUCAUGGGCGACAUGCCUUGCCGCAUCUACAUCUCUAUCGGAGUCUUCAUCUCCCAAUUCCUCCUCAUAAAAUACCGCAUUCUGGAUCAUCGCCUCGACUGGUCCACCGUGGGCCUCUCUGCGGUUCUGGGCAUUUUAGCCCUUAUAGUCAUUUUCCGACUUUUCGCGUUUCGCGACGUUAAGAGCGAUCGUUUUUCGUAUCGACUCUACACUGUGAUUUACCUAUUCCAGCCGUUGUCGGCAUGCAUCACGCUUCGGUAA